UAAAAAGACAAGAAAAGAAAAAACUCUCCGUUAUUCAGUUUUCUAACAUGCGCCAUCUGUUACUGCCGACCAUGCCCGCGUCUUCUUCUUCCUCCUCUUCCUCCUCCGCCGUCGCAUCGCCAUCGCCGACCUCCUCCAAGUCCAAAUCCUCAAACCCUAACCCUAACCCUAACUCCCUUCCCUGCAAGCAUUCCCCUUCGGCCACUCUGGACCUCCUCAUCCUCAUCCUCGUCCUCUUCUCCGGCUCCUUCCUCCUCACCUCCUAUUUUUCCUACAUCUUCAACUCCCUUUCUCUCCUUCUCUCGUCUUCCUCCUUCCAUGUCCACCACGUCCAACUCCACCUCCCCUUCCUCCUCGGCUUCGUCGUUCUCUUCGCCGCCGGCGUCCUCUCCGCCGAGUUCUGCUUCGGGGCGCGAUCGCGCAAGUGCGACAGGCCGGGAUGCAAGGGAUUGAAGAAGGCGAUGGAGUUCGAUUUGAAAUUGCAGAAUGAGGAGUCCGUCAGGGGCGCGUCCAAGGAGAUCGACAGGUUGCCGUGGAAGGGCGGCAGCGAGGCCAAUCCAGACUACGAGUGCCUCAGGUCGGAGCUCAGGAAGAUGGCGCCGUCGAAUGGCCGAGCCGUACUGCUCUUCCGCGCCCGCUGUGGAUGUCCCGUCGCCAAGCUCGAGGGGUGGGGGCCCAAGCGCGGUCGGCGGCACAAGAAGGCUCUGGCUGGCACGGCUCUGACAGGUGGUGAUCAUCGCUGAUUGUUCAUGAUGCUUUUGUCUUCAGGGUUCCCUUUAAAUCUUUUUUCCCUCCUUAGAUCUUAGACGUUCUUUCUUUCUUUGUACAAGACUUCAUUCUCUAUCAAAACAAUUCUUUGAAUACCAUAUUCCCCAUGGGAUACGUUUAGUAUGACAAAAGAAGAACUUGUGUUGGCAAGCAUCAUCUCUGGAGCUUGCUUAACGUUUGUGGAAGGACAUACCAACUUUAAUGCAAAUAAACACAUCAAAACUUUCGGUUUCUACA